UUUCUGGGAAGCCCGCCGACGGGUCGCUGUUGCUGCCCUCUGGUGCUGUGCUAUUAUUGUUUGGCCAGGCCUCGGAAGUUUUGUGCAGGCAAGAAAGCUUGCCGCUCGUCACAACAGUUUCCUGCCAGCACACGCGCGCCAUCGAGAAAACGAAGUCACGAUGCCUCCCACAAAGAAAGGCAAGCCGGUUCCCGAGGAGGACGACGACUUCAUGUCGUCCAGCGCCGAGGUGGAGUCUGUCUAUGGCAGCGACAACGACAGCGACAACGAGCACUCCCUCCCGGCCCAGAACGACCCGCGCAUAUUCGACAAGGACUCUGACGAGGAGGAGCUCGAACGUCUUGUCCUCGGCGACACUGCCAACUUCAAGGAUGCUCUGUUCAGCGGCGAGGGCAUUGACGGUGCCAGCUCGGCACUCGGGGGUGGCAAGGGCCACGCAGAGGGCGAGGACGGUGACAAUUCCGACAGCGCCGAAAUGGACGAUGCGGACCUCUUCACAUUCGACGUGGGCGGCUCGAAACCAAGCGGCGGCGAUGACGGCGAGGAGGGCGGUCUGCAAAUCACAAAGGGAUCGGGAAUGGGUGCUGGCCUGAGCCACGGUGACCCGCCGGCGUGGGAGGACAGCGACGACGAGCGCUUCACAAUCUCGCUCGCAAGCGUGUCGCAACUGCGGAAAUUCCGGGUCAGCGAGGCCGAGGACAUUGUGAGCGGAUCCGAGUACAUCAGGCGUCUGCGGACGCAAUUCUUGAUGCUGAACCCCAAGCCCGAUUGGGUGCGGGAGGCGGAGGAGCGGCCCUCGAAACGGCGGAGGAGGUCCUCUGCCGCCGCCAGCUCUGACGACGACGACGAGUACGACUCGGAGGCCAGGGGCAGUGACUCGGACGAGGAUAUGCGCGCGGGCGAUGUGGACGGCGCGGAAGCUCUCCCUCUUGAUCGCUUCCUCCGCGAUGCCAGGGCCCUUGCUGGCGGCGAUGGCCAGAGGUCGAGAAAACUUCGCCCCGAGGUCAUUGACAUCCAGCGGUCUCGCGACAUCCCCGACACGCACAAGGAAGUCGUGACCUCGUUGUCGUUCCACCCAGAAUUCCCCGUCCUGCUCUCCUCGAGCACGUCCGCCAUUAUGCACCUUCACCACAUCGCGCCCACCGCCCACCCGACGCCAAACCCGCUCUUGACCUCGGUCCAGAUCAAGCAGGUCCCCGUCCAGCACGCCGAGUUUCUGUAUCCCGAGGGCGACCGCAUCUUCUUCGCGGGCCGCAGGCGAUACAUUCAUUCCUGGGAGCUGUCUACGGGCGCGAUACAAAAGACGAACAAGGUGCAGGGCCACCGGCUGGAGCAGAAGACAUGGGAGCGCUUCAAGACGAGCCCCUGCGGACGGUAUCUGGGCCUGAUCGCCUCGACACGCAAGGGCGGCGGUAUUAUCAACAUCCUUAAUGUCAACACAAUGCAGUGGAUCGCGGCCGCGCGGCUGGACAGCAGGGGCGGCAUCAUUGAUUUCUGCUGGUGGAGCAACGGCAACGGCAUGACGAUUCUCGGCAAGGGGGGACAAGUCGGAGAGUUCAGCAUGGCAUCGAGGCGGUUCCUGGGUAUCUGGAACGACGAGGGCUCCACCGGAGCAUCGGCGCUGGCGCUGAGCGGACCAGGUCGCAGCGGGAAGAGCGCGCCAGGGCCCGCGCUGCUGGGCGGCGACAGGUGGGUGGCUGUCGGCUCGACGAGCGGCAUCGUCAACAUCUACGAGCGCGAGAACCUCAUCGCCAAGGACGCCAAGGAGGACGACGAGGACCAGGUCACGCUCAAGGACCGCCCAACGCCCACACGCACAUUCGAACAGCUCACGACGCCCUGCACGGUCCUGACGUUCAGUCCCGACGGGCAGCUCCUGGCUCUGGCGAGCAAGCACAAGAAGGACGCCCUGCGGCUCGCGCACCUGCCCAGCUGUACCGUGUACAGGAACUGGCCGACGGAGCAGACGCCCUUGGGUCGGAUAUCUGCCGUCGCGUUCGGCCGCAAGAGCGACAUGCUGGCUGUGGGCAACGACGGAGGCAAGGUCAGGUUAUGGGAGAUCCGCAACUAGAUGAGGGUGGUGUCUUCCAGGAAGUGUGCUUUCCGAGCUUGGACAUGACGCGGCAUUUUUGAUCGAGCGAUAGAUAUCAUCAUCAGGGUAGAGAGAACAGAAAAUGUCGAGUAUAAUGAGAACGCGAUAUUA